AUGAAACCAGGAAACCAAACACGUGCUUCAGAAUUCAUCCUUUUGGGGCUCUCAGAAGAGGCAGAGCUGCAGCCCCUCCUGUUUUGGCUGUUCCUGUCCAUGUACCUGAUCAUCUUCACUGGGAACCUGCUCAUCAUCUUGGCCAUCAUCAUGGACCCCCACCUCCACACACCCAUGUACUUCUUCCUCUCCAACCUCUCUUUUGCAGACAUCUGUUUAACCUCCACCAUCAUCCCAAAGAUGCUGCUGAAUAUCAAGAGGCAGAAUAAAGUGAUUACCUAUGAAGCUUGCAUCACCCAGAUGUAUUUUUCCUUGCUUUUUGCAGCAUUUGACCACUUUCUCUUGACUGUGAUGGCCUAUGAUCGGUUUGUGGCCAUCUGUCACCCUCUGUACUAUACAGUUAAAAUGAACCCCAAGUUCUGUUGCCUCUUGCUUCUGACAUCCUGGUUAUUGAGUGUUCUGGACUCUCUACUAAAUGGCUUAAUGGUUCUGCAAUUGUCUUUUUGUACAGAAUUGGAAAUCCCCCACUUUUUCUGUGAACUUAAUCAGGUCAUCCAACUUGCUUGUUCUGACACUUUCCUCAAUGGCUUAGUGAUAUAUUUGAUAACUGGAUUUCUUGGUGUUGUACCAAUUUCUGGAAUAAUUUUCUCUUACAUUAAGAUUGUGUCCUCCAUUUGGGGAAUUUCAUCAGCUGGGGGCAAGUAUAAAGCCUUUUCCACUUGUGGUUCUCAUCUCUCAGUUGUUUCCUUGUUCUAUGGUACAAGUCUUGUAGUUUAUCUCAGUUGCGCUGUUACCCAAAACUCCAGGGAUAUUUCAAUAGCUUCAGUAAUGUACACUGUGGUCACACCCAUGCUAAACCCCUUUAUCUACAGUCUUAGAAACAAGGACAUAAAACAGGCCCUACGAAAACUUUUCAACUGA